ACAACCCUUGUAUACACGGUAGUUUCUGGUGAAAAUGUGGGGCGACACUGUAGAGCCGGAAGAACGGGAUGACUUUACAGAAGAGGAGCUGCGGAUACCACCUGUGAAGUACGAGUAUCUGGAUCAUCCCGCAGACGUCCAGCUUCAUGGAUGGGGUGACGACCUCACAGAAGCCUUUGAGCAGGUUGCUGUUGCAAUGUUUGGUUACAUGACAGAGAUAGACAAAGUCAACAUUCGCAUGACCAUGGAUGUAGAAGCACAAGCUGAAGACAUGGUUGGUCUGCUUUUCCAUUUCCUGGACGAACUUCUAUUUAUUUUUAGUGCUGAACCAUUCUUUAUUGCACGUAAAGUGAAAAUUUUAGACUUUAACAAGGAAGCCUUUACAAUAAAGGUCAGAGUUUACGGUGAAAUAUUUGACUUGGAUAAGCAUCCCCAGGGUACAGAAGUCAAAGCAAUCACAUACUCCAAUAUGCAAGUCUGGGACAAUGCAGACCAACACGAAGUAUUUGUCAUCAUAGACAUCUAAACUGUUUGUUGCCAAGCAGCAUGUUGUACAGAUAAUUUACAAAAGGAAGCGAAAUGCUGCUUCUGGACUUUACGACAGCAACGCCUAUCAGCGAUGUCAACAGCUACCUAUGGUACGGCUACGUAAAUAUGGUUUGUAAUAAAAGAUCUACGAAUUUACA